CCGGAGUGGACGGUUCCAGACGCAUGCUAAUGAGGGGGCGGCCGCCGCAGCCCAUUGGCCGGCAGCGGAGUGUCGGUGAAGUCAGCGCCGAGUCCCAGAAAAACAGAGCGGGGCCAACUGCAGCGUGUAGUGCGAGUGGGGCAGGACGCGCGCCGCCCGCCCGGAGACCCGCAAGGAGCUGACAUUUGUUGGAAGAGUUUGUGAAACCUUCUCUCUGCCCAGAGCUCAAGACCAAUGCAUCCCACCACCUUAAACCACUGAGCAUUUCGGAGCCCCAGUAGCAGAAGACUUGUCCUGUUACCACCAUGAGCUCUGAAUGUGACGUUGGUGCUUCUAAAGCUGUGGUCAACGGGCUGGCGCCAGGCAGCAAUGGGCAGGACAAAGCAACUGCCGACCCUUUACGUGCGCGCUCUGUUUCCGCUGUUAAAAUAAUUCCCGUGAAGACAGUGAAAAGCUCUUCAGGCCUGGUAUUCCCUCCAGACAUGGAUCCUACAAAAAUCUGCACGGGGAAGGGAGCGGUGACUCUCCGGGCCUCGUCUUCCUACAGGGAAAUCCCGAGCAGUGGCCCCACAAGCCCUCAGGAAACCCCGCAGCAUGAGAGCAAGCCAGUUCUGGACUCAGAGACUCCCUCAGCAGAUGAGUGGAGGCUUUCUUCCAAUGCGGAUGCCAAUGGAAACGCCCAGCCCUCCUCACUUGCUGCCAAGGGCUACAGAAGUGUGCAUCCCAACCUUCCUUCCGACAAGCCCCAGGGUGCCUCUUCCUCCAGUUCAGCCCAGCCUGAGGUAAUAGUUGUGCCUCUCUACCUGGUUAAUACUGACAGAGGGCAAGAAGGUACAGCCAGACCUCCAGCAUCUCUGGGGCCCCUUGGCCCCCCAGGCCCGGCGACCACCCCUGCCGGCUCACCUCUGACCUUCCCGACUCUAGAUGAUUUCAUUCCCCCUCGUCUGCAGAGGCGGCCCCACCACAGCCAGCCAGCCGGCGCUGCUGACCCCCACCCCCCCGUUAGCCAGACACCACCAUCCUUCUCACCACCUCCUCCGCUGCUCCCUCCGGCCCCGGAGGGCCUCCUCAGAGCCUCGGAGCCUGACCUCACGGGAGCCGUUUCAAGUACCGAUUCAGGUCCUCUACUAAAUGAAGUUUCUUCAUCCCACGUGGGAACCGAUCCCCAGAGCUCUGCGCCAGCUAGCAAGCCAUCUUCUGCCUACCCCUCUACGACAAUUGUCAAUCCUACUAUUGUACUCUUGCAACACAACCGAGAACAGCAAAAACGACUCAGUAGCCUUUCAGAUCCUGUGUCAGAAAGAAGAGUGGGAGAGCAGGACUUGGCACCAACACAGGAGAAGCCCACCUCACCUGGAAGGGCUACUGAGAAAAAGGCGAAGGAUGACAGUAGACGGGUGGCCAGGAGCGCUCAGGACCUGAGCGAUGUUUCCAUGGAUGAUGUGGGCAUCCCACUCCGGAACACCGAGAGAUCCAAAGACUGGUACAAGACCAUGUUUAAACAGAUCCACAAACUAAACAGAGACACUCCUGAAGAAAACCCUUAUUUCCCUACGUACCAAUUCCCUGAACUUCCUGAAAUCCAGCAAAAUUCUGAAGAGGACAAUCCUUACACUCCUACCUACCAGUUUCCAGCAUCUACUCCUAGUCCUAAAUCAGAAGAUGAUGAUUCAGAUCUGUACUCACCUCGGUACUCCUUUUCUGAAGACACAAAAUCUCCCCUUUCUGUGCCUCGCUCAAAAAGUGAGAUGAGCUACAUCGACGGCGAGAAGGUGGUUAAGAGGUCGGCCACGCUUCCCCUUCCAGCCCGCUCUUCCUCACUAAAAUCAAGCCCAGAGAGAAACGACUGGGAGCCCCCAGAUAAGAAAGUGGAUACAAGGAAAUACCGCGCAGAGCCCAAAAGCAUUUACGACUACCAGCCGGGCAAGUCUUCUGUUCUGACCAACGAAAAGAUGAGUCGGGAUAUAAGCCCAGAAGAGAUAGAUUUAAAGAAUGAACCUUGGUAUAAAUUCUUUUCGGAAUUGGAGUUUGGGAAACCGCCUCCCAAAAAGAUAUGGGAUUAUACUCCUGGAGACUGCUCUAUCCUUCCUAGAGAGGAUAGAAAGACUAAUCUAGAAAAAGAUCUCAACCUCUGCCCAGCAGAGUUAGAGGCACAUUUAGAAAACACGGAGACGCUUAAUAAAGCACCCAGUGCAAACCUGUCCCAGAGCUCGGCAGUCAGCCCCAGCCCGGAUAUUUCUGUGGAGGCUCCAGGAUAUAUCUAUUCUUCCAACUUCCACGCAGUGAAGAGGGAAUCAGAUGGGGCUCCUGGGGAUCUCGCUAGCUUGGAGAAUGAGAGGCAGAUUUAUAAGAGCGUCUUGGAAGGUGGAGACAUCCCUCUCCAGGGCCUGAGCGGGCUCAAGCGACCCUCCAGCUCAGCCUCCACUAAAGAUUCGGAGUCACCAAGGCAUUUUAUACCUGCUGAUUAUUUGGAAUCCACGGAAGAAUUUAUUCGGAGGCGUCAUGAUGAUAAAGAGAAACUUUUAGCGGACCAGAGACGACUUAAGCGUGAGCAAGAAGAGGCCGAUAUCGCAGCUCGUCGCCACACGGGCGUCAUCCCGACGCACCAUCAGUUUAUCACUAAUGAGCGCUUUGGGGACCUCCUCAAUAUAGACGAUACGGCCAAAAGGAAAUCUGGGUCAGAGAUGAGACCUGCCAGAGCCAAAUUUGACUUUAAAGCUCAGACCCUCAAGGAGCUUCCUCUGCAGAAGGGGGACAUCGUGUACAUCUACAAGCAGAUCGACCAGAACUGGUACGAAGGAGAGCACCACGGCCGGGUGGGCAUCUUCCCGCGCUCCUACAUCGAGCUUCUUCCUCCUGCUGAGAAGGCUCAGCCCAAGAAGUUGGCACCGGUGCAGGUUUUGGAAUACGGAGAAGCUGUUGCCAAGUUCAACUUCAAUGGUGAUACGCAAGUAGAAAUGUCCUUCAGGAAAGGCGAGAGGAUCACGCUGCUCCGACAGGUGGACGAGAACUGGUACGAAGGGAGGAUCCCAGGGACGUCCCGGCAGGGCAUCUUCCCCAUCACCUACGUGGACGUGAUCAAGCGGCCCCUGGUGAAAAACCCCGUGGAUUACAUCGACCUGCCUUUCUCCUCCUCCCCAAGUCGCAGUGGCACCGCGAGCCCGCAGUUUGCCAGUCACAGCAAGCUCAUCGUGCCGGCCCCCUCAUCCCUGCCCCACCCCCACCGAGCCCUGUCCCCGGAGAUGCACGCUGUCACCUCUGAGUGGAUCUCCCUGACUGUUGGGGUCCCAGGCAGGCGGCCUCUGGCCCUGACCCCACCCCUGCCUCCUCUUCCAGAAACUUCUGUCUAUAACACGGACCCCCUCUCCUCAUGGGCAAGACCGGGUUCCUCUCUCUCUCUCAGCCUUCCCCAUUCGAGCUGGUCCGAUCGAUCCGCCCCACGCUCGCUGGCUGCCCCGCUGGCCCUUCCUUCCUCCCACAAAGCUGCCUCCUUGGCACCCGGAGCUCCCACCUUCCUUCACGUCAAUGGGGACAGUGGUGUCCACAUGCCACCCCCAGGUGUCCACCCAGAUAGCUUCCCGCAGCUGCUGCCGGGGAGCUCUGAUAGGGUCAUCUCGGAGCUCAGCAACGCCUUUAGCAGCCAGGGUAAGCGGCAGCCGAGGCGAGAAGAGCGCGGACAGUGUGAGAGGAGAGCAGAGCGGGAGGCAGGUGAGCGAUACCCCGGAGCACCCAGGAUCUCUAAGAAGAGCUGCUUGAGACCUUCAGACGUGGUCAGGUGCCUGAGCGCGGACCAGAGACUCUCAGACCUCCGUGCGCCCGAGGAGAGCCGGCCCGGCAAGCCCCCGGGUAGCCCUUUUCCGGGAAGGGAGGCUGAGCAGACAGAGCUGCAUAGAGGUGGCGAGCAGGCCGAGAGGAGGGCCGCUCGGAGUGCUGGGAGCCAGCAACCUCAAGCCCAGCAGCGAAGAGUCACCCCAGAUAGGAGUCAAACCUCACAAGAUUUGUUUAGCUACCAAGCAUUGUAUAGCUAUAUACCCCAGAAUGAUGAUGAAUUGGAACUCCGAGAUGGAGAUAUUGUUGAUGUCAUGGAAAAAUGUGAUGAUGGAUGGUUCGUUGGUACUUCAAGAAGGACAAGGCAAUUUGGUACUUUUCCAGGCAACUAUGUAAAGCCUUUGUAUCUAUAAGAAGAUUGAAAACCGGAGAUUAUUUUUUCUUGGAGGAUGAAGCAUAACUCGUGAACUGGUCUCUUUAUUUAAAUGUUGAGUCAGUAGGAAAACUAAUGCAGUGGAUAAAGUAAGAAGCAAAAGAGAGGGACAGAGAAGUGUUGUGUCUAAAGGCCGAGUCUGUCUACGCUGACAGCAUAUCAGGCAAGCCGGACUGAGGAAAAAGGAAUGAGGCAAGUCUGUAUUUACUUAGCUGCUUCUGGGAGCCACUCCAAGCCUUCCCCGCCUCUCCCCUUCUUGGGUAAUCUGACCUGUAACACAGUCCAGGAUCAGUGAAGUCAGAAAUGCCUCUUGCUGCCCUGGCCUUGACCGGCUCUGGCUCGACGUGGCCAUUUAGCCAGAAGCAGCCCUCGGGACACCAGGCAGAUCCCCAGCCGUUCUCCAAAGGCUCCGUACCCCAGCCACCCCAGAGCCCACCGGUUUCCCAACGUUGCUGGAAAUCUGCUUAGGCGGCUGAGGCCUCCCCUGGACAGUGGUGGAGGCUACCAGGCUCUCCAAGACCAUGUGCCUCGUUCCUGGGGAACAUGGGGCAAUGGAGGGAGCGUGGAGGUGCCCUGUGCACUGAGCCUGCACGCACCAUGGCCCUCGACGCCCCUGGUGUUCAGACUGAAAAGCACAUGAGGUUUGCUGGUGGAAGUGGUGUGCCCAGGUCAGGUAGUUAAAGUUGUGUUUCCAAGUGAUGACGUUAGGAAGUUCUGUAGCUAUCAAGGUCGCUUGCGACGUGACCCUUUCCCAUAUCACUGACUUGUAAAUGGUCACCUUUGGCACAAUUUCAUUUACCAGAAUGCCAGUGCUCACCUUUCUUUUCUGGAUUGUUUUUGGUCAGGGCAUUUUGAGGUGGCUAGGCCUGUUCUCUCAGAGAACCAGGGAUGGCGUUCAGUGAAUCGUUGAACAGACACCAUCGCACGUUGGACGCUGGCGCCACCAAGGAGCAGGACAUGCCCCACACCCUAGACUCACUGUGUCCUCAUUUGUACUCCCUGAAACAGGUUCAGGAAACGCCCAUGAGGUAGUCACCCAGUAUCCUCACCCCGGUGAGGCUUCUCUUCAGAGCAGAAGGCACAGAGGCUGUGGCCCUAUAUGUGAGGCCCUAUGUGUGAGGCAGUGAUUCUGCCGCUCCCAGGAGGUCUGUCCUCUGUGGGGCCAUGUGGGAGGAAGGAGGCCCCUGUAACACCCGGGUGCUCAGUCACAACUCCAUCCAUCUUAAGGAUGUUGGUCAGCCUCUCUGUUAGGUCCGUUGAAGAAAUAGGGACUGGCCCACCUGCCUGUCGGGUACUCACAGGUGACGAGAGAGGCAGACACACAAAACUACUGGGUCAAGAGAGACCAUGAUAUGUGCUGAGAAGGGUAUGAGAGAGAGGAGGAGGUUAUCUUUCCCUGGAGAGACUCUAGAAAGCAUUGUCGUGUUUCUCUCUCCAUGAGCUCACUCUUGAACAACUAGGCUGCUGGAAGAACCUUUGUCUGAGGGUAGUUUAUGGCCAGAAAUUCUUGGAACUUUUCCAGAGUCUUCAGAAUCUCAUCCUCCCCACAAAUACGCAUCCAAGGUCACAAAUAAGAACAGCAUUUCUAGGUAGGUGGACUGUGUACAGGAAUCCUGGCUCUCUGCAUAUAGCUCAGAAUUGCCCCCCCAACCAUUGUCCCAGAGUUUGGAGUCCUUACAAGGAGGCAGAGUCUGUCUUCAGUGCCUCUGCCUCACCUUCUGUCUCUGCCACUCACCUGCCACCCAUCAGCUCUGCACCCCUGUGCCCCCCUCAGACAGCCUCAUUCUCUUCCUGUCCUCCUUUCAAGUCCUCGUCUCAGGAAAGAAAAUGCUGCUGACUCCUUCACACUAGAGUGUAAAUGACUGAAAAGAGGAAUGUGUUAACUUCUUCCUGGAGACAUUUGUUUUUAACUAGGACAGAGAAGAGCCUUAACCCCAAGGGAUGAGGCUAUGGAACUAAUGGUGGGGGUAGGGGUGCCGGUGGUGGGGGAGGAGCUUCCUGGGUAGAAGGAGCCUCUCUGAGUCUUUGAAUCAGACUCCCUGCUUUGGAAGGUCCACUUCCCCUGGGGGUGCUGUUUGACUCUCUCUGAGGGAAUAUAGUGCAAGUGCAUAAGCACAUGCGUUUUGCACGACAGCAUUUCACUCAUUUUUGGAAUGUAACUCCUAUAUUGGCUAACGUGUUUCCUGGUCUGUCAUAGAUGCAAACCAUUAAUAAUAAUCUUAAUCUAAUAGUUCUGUUUUGUUUUGUUUUGUUUUUUUGAGGGGUGCUUCUUGAUUCAGUAGGUAAUUUUGAACACCUCUUUAAAUACAGCUAGAAAAUAAAACCAAUUUGUAAAGCCACAUUCGCGUAUGAUGCCAGCCUCACGCAUUUGUAGAUCUCCAGAAACCCAGGUAUGCCUCACCGAUUUGCCAGUCUUUAACAAAAUCAUGUCAAAAUUUGCAUCAAACUUCAGCUUCCUAUGUAUGAUGAAACAAGGAACCAAGGUUUCCAAUUGCUCUUUUGUCCUCAGACAUUUAGUAAUAUAAAAUACCUAUUUUUAUGCCAGAUAUUUAUACAGGUUUAUUAAUAGCAAGCGCAACUAACUGGCACCAUGCCUUGCAACACAUUUUGAUAUAUUCGCCAUGCUUCUGGGUAAAGACAAGCCCUAACUACUUAUCUUUUGCAGUCUCUCUCGGAUCAGUAAAAGAAAAAAAAAUCAUAUGCGUAAGAAGUAGGACUGUAAAUAUGUAUAUUUAACUUUGUAUAUCCCAUGUACCUACUUUGUAUAGAAAAAUAAUUUUAAAAAUUUGAACUGAAGGGGGGUAAAAUAAGGAAGUCAUGAAGUUUUUUGCAUUUUUAUUUAAAUGAAGGAAUUCCAAAUAAUUCACCUGCAGAUUUUUAGCACAAAAAUAGCCAUUGUAAAGUGUUAAAAUUUCAAAUAAUCAUUCUUUCUGGGAGAGAAGGUAAUUGUUAUCUCAGUUAUAGGUUUUUUUUGUUCUUUUUUUUUUAUUUUGUUUUUGAUUUAUUUUUUGCAGUCCUAUUUAUCUAUAGUAGGUAUAAGUUCUUUUGCUAGAAUAAGUCACUACAGAGAAGAUUAUAUUCUGAGAGAAAAAUAACUGACAUUAUACAUAACCAAUUAAUUUAAAGUGUUGCCAUUUUAAUCACACACGGAGAGCAUGUACUAUGCUGAAACAGAUUGUUCUCUUCAUUUAUUUUUCUUUAUUGCCGUGGAUCGAUUUGAUAAAUGGGUGUGUUGAGAUACUACAUUUGCUGUACGUAUUAUUUAAUAAACUUUAUUCAGAAUUGCGUGGCA